AUGACAGCCCCUAGAAAAACAAGCAAGCAAGUGUAUGAGUCAAUUUGCUUGUCUGCCUCGCUCCUUCUCAAGAAAGGUUUCUUAAUCGGUUCCCUAUUGAAUGAUUACACAAGGCAUCAGUGCUUUUCAAAAGCCUCAACUCGGCAACCAGCUGAUCUGCUCUCUUCAUUCACCACAAUUAAGACAGUCAUGACUAAUUUAUAUGAUGGGCUUGCCGAAGUUCUUCUCGUACUUCCGAAAAAUGCAAACACCCGUGAGAAUGUUCUUGGGUAUCUCGCAGAGGUGAUCAACAAAAACUCAUCAAGGGCUCAUAUUCAGGUGGAUCCUCUUUCAUGUGCAAGUUCAGGCAUGUUUGUCAAUCUCAGUGCUGUCAUGCUUCAUCUUUGCGAGCCGUUUUCAGAUGCAAACUUAACAAAAAGGGGCAAAAUUGAUCCAAAAUAUGUAUUUUGCAGUAACCGUCUGGAGUUAAGCAGGAUAUUGUUGCCAAAAUUUGGAGAGUGGGAUGUGAAUAACCCUGCAUCAGCUGAAGGUUUUACUGUGAUAUUUACCAAAGCUAGAGACCAGAAGAUGUCCAGUGGGGCUCCUGGGACUGGAACACCUUCAUCUAAACCAGAACCCAACUCUCAAUAUCCCCCAGAGGGCAUAGAGUUUCUUUCUAGCAAAGAUGGCCAAUUUGGAUUUUACUAG